AUGGAGGUGCUAAGGGUGCAAACCAUAGCUUCCGAGUCCAAAGAUGCUGUUAUCCCUGCCAUGUUUGUUAGGCCAGAGACAGAGCAACCAGGAAUCACAACCGUUCAUGGGGUGAAACUUGGGGUUCCCAUUAUUGAUUUCAGUAAUCUAGAUGAAGGAAAAGUCAUGCGUGAGAUUAUGGAGGCAAGUAGGGAUUGGGGAAUGUUCCAAAUUGUGAACCAUGAGAUACCUAGCCAAGUUAUAAGCAAAUUGCAAACUGUAGGUAAAGAGUUCUUUGACCUACCACAAGAAGAAAAAGAGCUAUAUGCUAUGCCUGCAGGGUCUGAUUCUAUAGAAGGUUAUGGCACAAAGCUUCAGAAAGAGGUGAAUGACAAGAAAGGCUGGGUGGACCAUUUAUUUCACAUUAUAUGGCCACCUUCUGCCAUUCACUACCGUUUCUGGCCUAAGAAUCCUCCUUCUUACAGCACAAACAAUCUCCUCGAGGCUGGCUGGUGUGGUAGCAGAUCUUCUGGACUAUCUCUCAAAGGGGAAUGGGGAGGUAGUGUGGCACUUUCUCACUCUCAGGGAGAUGACCUUACCUCAGCCUACGCAAUAGAACAAAUGAGGUUGAUGGCUGAAAGAGAAGAAUAUAUAUGGUUUCCAAGAAAUCUCAGUCCUAGUGUGCUUGGGCUUUAA